AUGUCUUCAAAUGAAAUCACCGAGGAGGCACUGGCGUCAGGAUACCACCUGUCACACCCACCACCCGGGGAGGAGAUCUGCAUCACCGGCAUAUCUGGAUUCUUCCCGGAUUCUGAUUCGGUGAUGCAUCUGCAAGAGAAUCUGUUUAAUAAGGUGGAUCUAAUAUCCGGCGACAACCGUCGAUGGGAACAAGGACAUCCCGAAAUACCCCAGCGUACUGGAAAGAUCAACAAUGUGAACAAAUUCGACGCUUCCUUCUUCGGAGUUCAUUACAAACAAGCCCACACGAUGGACCCGAUGUGUAGGAUCAUAUUAGAGAAAACUUAUGAAGCGAUUUACGAUGCUGGUAUGAAUCCUGAAGAAUUACGUAACACUAGGACUGGUGUCUUCAUCGGAAGCUGUUUCUCUGAAUCUGAGAAGACAUGGUUCUACGAAAAGAUGCACGUCAAUAAUUAUGGUAUUGUUGGAUGCUGUCGUGCUAUGUUGGCCAAUCGCAUCUCCCACUGGCUGGGGCUGACUGGUCCAUCCUAUACCAUCGACACUGCGUGUUCAAGCACGAUGUACGCGCUGGAACACGCCUUCAAGUCCAUCCGGGGCGGUCAUUGUGAUUCUGCUAUAGUAGGCGGGUCUAACCUGUGCAUACAUCCCUUUAUAUCACUACAGUUCUUCAGAUUAGGAGUAUUAUCCCUUGAUGGUACUUGCAAGAGUUUUGAUAACAAAGCUAAUGGUUAUGCUCGCUCUGAAGCUAUAGCUGUAUGUUUUUUGCAGAAAGCAAAAGACUCUAAAAGGAUAUAUGCUCAGAUAUUGCACGCGAAGACAAACUGUGACGGCUACAAAGAACAGGGCAUUACGUAUCCAUCGGAGAAAAUACAAAAGCUGCUGCUCAGUGAAUUCUACGAGGAGUGUGCCAUUUCACCGGCCAGUUUAGAAUUUCUUGAAGCUCAUGGAACAGGCACUCAAAUCGGCGAUCCUGAAGAGUUGCUAGCCAUCGACGAUGUGUUUUGUACGGGUCGUUCUGAACCUCUAAUGAUCGGUUCUAUUAAGUCCAACUUAGGUCACAGUGAACCUACUUCUGGUCUCUGCUCAAUUGCUAAGAUGUGUAUAGCAUAUAACACAGGACUCAUUCCACCGAAUUUGCACUACGAAACACCACGGGAAGGUGUUGCUGCGUUAGCUGAAGGACGUCUCCAAGUUGUGACUGAGAAGCAACCUUGGAGUAGAGGAAUGUCUGGUAUUAAUAGUUUUGGAUUUGGCGGGGCGAAUGCUCACGUACUACUGAAGAAUAUUGCUCCCCAAAAGGUUAAUAAUGGUCUCCCAACUGAUGACUUGCCACGCCUUGUCUGUGCUUCUGGACGCACUGAAUCAGGUAUAGCCAGAAUAUUUGAUGACCUAGAAUCAAGAACAGUAGACAUAGAAGAAGUGAGAUUGUUUCAUGCUAUACAUGAUAGAAAUAUUGAAGGUCACCAAUUUAGAGGAUUUACAUUAUUAGAGUCAAAACCUACCAAAACUGUAUCUAUCGCACGUGACUAUUACUACUUCUCUGGAAUCCGGCGGCCUGUCUGGUUCGUGUAUUCGGGCAUCGAAUCGGACUGGGCUAACACGGCGUUGCAAUUUAUUAACAUCCCUGCCUUCGCUUCUGCUAUUAAGAGAUGUCAUAAGACAUUAAAAACAAAAGGGAUUAACUUAAUCAAGAUUAUUUCGGAACCCAAGCCAAAGAUUCAUAAUAACAUCCUGAACACUUUCGUCGGCAUUGCAGCAGUUCAGAUUGGCCUUACUGAUGUGUUAAAGACUGUUGGCAUAACACCUGAUUAUGUUAUCGGUUAUGGUUUUGGUGAAUUAGGUUGCGCGUAUGUUGAUGGUUGCUUGUCAGCAGAACAGAUGAUUCUAUCUGCUUACAGUCAAGGUCUGGCAUUUACUGAGACAAAGCUCAUUAAAGGAUCCAUGGCAAUUGUUGGUCUUGGUUAUAAAGAGAUUAAAUCAAUAUGUCCACCAGAUUUAGAAGUGGCUUGUCGUAAUAGUCCUGAUUCCAGCACCAUAUCUGGACCUAUCGAUAGUAUGAAAACCUUUACUGCCAAGUUAUCAACUCAAGGAAUAUUUGUGAAAGAAGUUCCACAUUCCAAUGUUGCUUGCCAUUCACAAUACGUUGCUGAAGCUGGUCCCAAACUUCUUAAGUAUCUUAAGGAAAUAAUUACAUCUCCAAAACCCCGUUCGGAGCAUUGGAUAUCCACAUCAGUUCCUCGCAGUGAAUGGAAGAAUCCAAAUAUUGAGAUGUCUUCUGCCGAAUAUCACAUCCACAGUCUUUUAAGUCCAGUUCUCUUUGAAGAUGUCUGUCAGCUUAUUCAAGACAAUGCAGUUAUCAUAGAGGUAGCUCCAUGUGACUUUCUGAAAACUAUUUUGAGAGGUUCCAUCAAGAAGAAUACUACGAUAGUACCACUAGCUCAGAAAAGCAAUGAAUGUAAUAUACAAACUCUUUUUACGGCACUAGGAACAUUGUACAAUUUGGGACUGAACCCGCAGCUUGCUAACAUCUAUCCCCACGUGCCUUUACCCGUGUCACAAGGUACACCUUACUUGGCACAUUUAGUAGAGUGGGAGCAUAAUGAAAAUUGGUUUGUAGCGUCAUACAAAACUGAAGAGAAAAUAUUAGUAAGUGAAAGAAAGGUAUGCGUUUCAAUUACAGACGAGGAGAAUGAAUACUUGGCAGGCCAUGUUAUUGAUGGUCGCAUCCUCUAUCCGGCCACUGGAUACCUGGUUCUUGUAUGGGAGACACUUGGUAAAAUGAUGGGACUACUGUUUGACAAAUUGUCAGUGGUCUUCGAGAAUGUUCGCUUUCUAAGAGCUACUAACGUUCCACAGGAUGGAUACUUAAUAUUUACUAUUAUCAUACACAGAGGAAGCGGAAAUUUUGAGAUAGUGGAAAGCGGUGCGUCUAUAGUUACAGGAUGUGCAUAUUUAAAGAAUAAUGUUGGACAAGACUAUCGAGUGUUACCGAUGCAAACUGAAAUCUCAGGACCCAACAUCAAACACGUGUCCACCAAAGAUUUCUACAAGGAACUAAGACUUAGAGGAUACCAGUACAGCCGCCUGUUUCGAGGAGUUAUCAGCUGCAAUGUGGAAGGUACCCGAGGCCGUCUCGCCUGGAUUAACAACUGGAUCACCUUUAUGGACAGCAUGCUGCAACUCAAGAUCAUCGGCCAAGAUACCCGUGGUCUCUUCGUACCCACCAGGAUCGAGAGACUGUCAAUAGAUGUUGAUGUUCACUAUAAUAUUAUAAGAAAAACAAAUUCUAAUUCUAAACUGCAUCCUUUAGAAGUUCGAGUAUACCCGGAUGUUAAUGUUAUCAGGUCGGGAGGCGUAGAAAUUCGUGGUUUGCAUGCCACACCUAUUUCCAAGAGAGCACCAUUAGGUGAACCUGUGUUGGAAAAGAACGUAUUUAUACCAAACUUUGGAAAUCACACGAUGAAGCUCGAAGAAUGCCUCCGCGCUAAUGUACAAUUGAUUCUUGAAAAUAUGCCAACUUAUAAAGUUAAAACCAUUGAAUUUAUCGAUGUAGAGUAUAAUAAUAAUAAUCUGCAACCGAUAAUAGAACAGAUUGGCGAAAUUCUUGCUGAUCUACCAUUAGUUCAAGCUGAAUUAAUGUUAAUAUCUGAAGAAACAUUUGAAAUGUCGCCGACUGUUAAUGUAGACAAAAAGAAACUUAGUGGAGAAUCUAACGCAGUAUUGUGUAUUGGUGCUAAUUUAUUGAACAGAGAUUCUGUAUUAAAGCAAGCCGCAUCUACUCUUCGCGAAAAUUGCUUUAUUAUAAGCCGUGAAAAAGACCACCCUAGUGGCAAUGAACUAUCUGAUGAAUACGAAUUAAUCACUAUACAAAACAUUGGAGCAGAAUAUACAGUGCUUUUAAGAAAACGUAUAAUAGGCAACCAAGCGAAUGAGUACAUCGAAAUAGACGCAACCGAUAUAAAUUUCUCAUGGAUACAGAAAGUUCAAGAAAACUUAAAAACAGGACAAAAAACUAUAUUAUACACACAAGGAGAAUAUAUUAAUGGACUCCUUGGUUUAGUUAAUUGUCUAAGAAGAGAACCAGGCGGCGAUAUUUUCAGUGCUUUUCUAAUUUCUGAUCCUGCUGCUGCUAAAUUCAAUCCAGAUUUAGAGUUCUAUAAAAAUCAGCUACAGAAAUAUUUGGCUAUUAAUAUUUAUCAGGAUGGUCAAUGGGGCACGUACCGCCACUUGCUGCUUGGAAAUUUAGAUACUGUUCGUGCAGAUCACGCUUUCGUUAGUCCAUUAACUAUCGGGAAUCUAUCCUCACUAAAAUGGAUCGAAGGUCCAAUCAGGAAAGAUCAGAUUUUCAAAGAUCCUAAUAAUGUGCUGGUGCAAGUAUACUGUGCUGCACUAAACUUCCGUGAUAUCAUGACUGCCAGUGGCCGUGUGACAGUAGAUGCCGUCGCUCGUGGUAGACUUGCUCAGGAGUACGUGCAAGGAAUAGAAAUUGUGGGACGUGCACCGAAUGGUUCUCGAGUCAUGUCCGUUGUACCAAAUUGCGGUUUGGCAAACAUGGUAAAAGCUAGCAAAACACUUACUUGGGACAUUCCUAAUGAGUGGAGCUUUCAAGAAGCGGCUACCGUGCCUAUUACUUACCUUACUGUUUACUGUGCUAUGGUAAUGGUUGGUAAAAUUCGACCUGGUGAGUCUGUUCUGAUUCAUGCCGGAUCAGGUGGAGUAGGACAAGCUGCUAUUAACGUAGCACUUCACUAUGGGUGCGAAGUGUUCACCACUGUUGGUACACCUGAAAAGAGAGCACUGAUUAAGAAACUAUUUCCAAAACUUAAAGAUAGUCAUAUUGGAAAUUCACGAGACACUUCGUUCGAGAACAUGAUUCGUAGAGAAACGAACGGCAAAGGUGUGGAUAUAGUGCUCAAUUCUCUUUCGGAUGACAAACUUCAUGCGUCGGUCCGAUGCCUCCGUUACCGUGGCAGAUUCCUCGAAAUUGGCAAAUUUGAUGUUAGCAACAACACGCUGCUAGAAAUCGCUCCUAAAGAAACCUCUUUUCACGGUAUUAUGUUGGAUGAUAUUUUCUACGAAGGCUCAGAAGUUUUAGAGAGGCUGAAAGAACUUGUACUCGCUGGAAUUAUGAGCGGAGCUGUUCGCCCAUUAACCUAUUGCACAUUCGAAAUGCAUGAAAUCGAAACUGCUUUCCGGUAUAUGGCUGCAGGAAAACAUAUUGGGAAGGUGCUUAUUAAAAUUCGGAAUGAGGAGCAAACUGAUUUACCAGUGAAACCUACGUGUAUGCCUAUCGAAGCGCUUCCUAGGUACAUGUGCCAUGAGGAUCGUGUAUACAUAAUCAUAGGAGGUCUAGGUGGGUUCGGCUUAGAAUUAGCUGACUGGUGCAUAUUGAGAGGAGCUAGAAAGAUUCUACUGACUUCCCGCAAAGGUGUCAGUAAUGGUUACCAGUCGACAAGAUUGAGGAUGUGGUCAUCCUAUGGAGCCGACGUUCGCAUCUCUACUCAUGAUGUCACCACGGAGUCUGGAUGCGAGGAAAUGCUUAACAUGGCCAACGAAAUGGGUACUGUUGAAGCCAUCUUUAAUCUUGCUGUGAUUCUGAAAGAUGCGAUAUUUCAAAACCAAAACCCUGAAAUGUUCAAAACGUCAUUUGGUCCGAAAGCCCUUGCUACUAUGCAUUUGGAUAGAUUAUCAAGAAAACUAUGUCCGAAUUUGAAGAACUUUGUAGUAUUCUCAUCGGUAUCAUGUGGUCGAGGUAACGCUGGACAAACCAAUUAUGGGCUAUCGAACUCAGUUAUGGAAAGAAUUUGUGAACAAAGGAAGAAAGAUGGAUUGCCUGGUCUUGCUAUUCAGUGGGGUGCAAUUGGUGAUGUUGGUUUAGUAGCAGAUAUGCAAUAUGAAGACGUACAGCUGGAGAUUGGUGGAACUUUGCAGCAGCGGAUAUCAUCGUGUUUAUUAACUUUGGACAAGUUUUUGAAACAAGAUGCACCAAUCGUCUCGUCUAUCGUUGUUGCUGAGAAAAAGACUGGUAGUUCUAAUAGUGGGGAUAUUGUUCAGACCAUAGCUGAUAUUAUGGGUAUUAGGGAUUUGAAAACAGUGUCGCGACAAGUCACUUUAGCUGAAUUGGGCAUGGAUAGUAUGAUGGCUGUGGAAAUCAAACAGACUCUUGAAAGAGAAUUCGAGAUAAUUCUCACUGCACAAGAUAUCAGAACGCUAACCUUCGCCAGACUACUGGAAUUAUCAGCGGAAAGUGAUAGUACUGCAUCAAAAGCUGUAGUUAAACAAGGAAAUAUUGAGGUUCCUGCAGGUCUCAAGAUACUUAUAAGGAAUUUCGGAGAAGAAAAAUUAGCCAACGAACCACUCAUCUUUAUGACCACUGCAGUUAGCAAUAUAAUAGAAGAACAAGAAGCAAUACAUGCUAUGGAGGAUGUAAUGAUCAUGCUACCAGGAGUAGAAGGUUCCGCUGCAGUACUAGAUCCACUGUGCCGUAGGCUCAACAUCGAAGUUUGCGUGUUGCAACUUGGAACUGUGCAUAAAAAUGAAAACUGCGACCAAAUGGUGGAGAGACUGUAUCAGGUGGUGAUAUCCAAAUUGGUACCUGGCUCCAAGUUCUGGCUGCUAGGGUAUAGUUUUGGAACUAUACUAGCGUUGAAUUUAGCGGCUAAAUUGGAGAGUCAAGGUAUCAAGGGUACUAUAUUCUGCUUAGACGGCGCCCCUGACUUCCUUCUCUCCAUCGGUAAUGCUAUGGUAGACUUCAAGAAUGACUUCCAACUGCAAAACAGUCUUAUUUGUAAAACUAUAGAUAUUGUAUCACCAAAUAAUGAAGUCACUGAUACUCUAAUGGAGAAACUCAAUGAAAUAGAGAAUUAUGAUGAAAGAAUUGAUUACAGUGUCAAAGUAUCCCCAGUACAAACUAAUUAUUCAAAAGAAUUUAUCGCAUCGACAGCUCAAGUAUGCUUCGAUCGUAUGAAGGUAGUUUACAACUACGAUAAAGUAAAUAUUAAGAAGUUACAAUCACCAAUUAUACUUCUGAGACCAAAAGAAAAUCCUCCAUUUAUAGUUUGUGAAGAGAAUUAUGGUCUUGAUAAAUUUAGCGAGGCGCCUGUAACUAUACACUUCUUUGAUAGUAAUCAUGUGAAUAUCAUUGAAAACAAAAAUGUCGCUGAUAUUAUUAACGAUGUUAUUGAUUUCAACAAUGGAUCGAGUGGACAAAUGGAUUAAAGUAAUAAUAUUAGCAUUGUUGAAGAUCAACCUGAGAUCACCGGAAAAGCGAUAUAGUUAUUAGUUUUAGGGUACAAUGGAACUGGCAUCUACUUUUAGUUUGUACAAAAGUCCGUAAAUUUCAAGGAAAUAAAAAGAACCUGAAUACAUGUU